AUGUCACGUCCUGAGGAGCUAGCGCCACCGGAGGUGUUUUACAAUGAUAGCGAGUCUUUGAAGUAUACCUCAUCGACGAGAAUACAGCAUAUACAGGCGAAGAUGACUCUGCGUGCGUUGGAGCUUCUUAAUUUGCAAGGGACGUCGUAUGUCCUCGAUGUUGGAUGUGGUUCUGGGCUGAGUGGGGAGAUACUGAGUGAGGAGGGUCAUAUUUGGUGUGGGAUGGAUAUUUCGCCAAGCAUGUUGGCGACUGCGUUGACCCGGGAGACGGAGGGGGACUUGAUGUUACAGGAUAUUGGGCAGGGGGUUCCCUUCAGGGCGGGCACGUUCGAUGCAGCGAUCAGUAUUUCAGCGCUGCAGUGGCUCUGCAAUGCGGACACGUCUUAUAACGAUCCGAAACGACGGCUAAUGAGGUUUUUCAACACUUUGUUUGCGGCGUUGAAGAAAGGAGGCAAGUUUGUAGCGCAGUUCUAUCCCAAAAACGAUGAGCAGGUGGAGCAGAUCGUCCAGUCAGCCAAGGUAGCAGGGUUUGGUGGCGGUGUUGUGAUUGAUGAUGCAGAAUCCAAGAAGAACAGGAAGUAUUAUCUGGUCUUGAGCUCUGGAUCUUCGCGGGAUGAAAAGCAGGUGAACUUAGAAGGUGUCAAGAUGGAUGCUGAGUUAUUGCAUCACAAAACCGCCAGGAAGAACAAACUAGAGUCGCGGAAGGAUUAUAUCUUACGAAAGAAGGAUUUAAUGAAAAAGAGGGGCAGAAAAGUUGCCAAGGAUUCCAAAUUCACGGGCAGAAAGAGACGAACCAGGUUUUAG